GCACAUUCCAUUCAUCUGCAUACAUGACCGACUACACUACGCAGUUAAGACAGCGGUGUGAGCUUCACUUCUUGCUUCAUUGCCACUGAUUAUUUGGCGCUAAAGCCCCGACGUGAGACACCCAAGUAGCGCAGACCGACAGCGACCAUGUCCGCCAGCGCAGCACGCUCGGCACUGGCCUCCUCUGGCAACGGCGUGCGCAAGGCGCUGAUCAAUUCGCUCUCGACGCCGCUCGUCACCUCAUUUGCCGGAGCCCAAGCGCUUUGGUGGCCCUGCGCUUCUGCCUCGCCGAGCAUCUACAUUCUCUUCAUACCGGGCAAUCCUGGUCUGUGCGCCUGGUAUACGCAGUACCUCUCGUGCAUAUACAACUCGCACGCCCUCAAGGGCAAAGUCGAGAUUCUCGCCCUGGGCCACCGUGGACAUGCCCCCUUGCCAUCAGGCGCUGGAAACACAAUAUUCGGCCCGAAUGAGAACCAGGCUAAUGCUGCUGCCAGAGGCGAGCGGACCGGCCUGGCUGACCAGAUCAGACACAAGGUUCAGGUUGUCGACGCAAUUCGAACCAUACUUCCAAAGAGGCAGGCAGCUGUGACGCAAAAUGGGACGAGUAGCUUAUUGGCUCAAAAUGGGAAGCCGGAGGGUCAAGAACCAUGCACUAAAUUAAUCCUUCUCGGCCACUCCAUUGGUUGUUACAUUGCCGUCGAGACUCUCAAAGCGCGACCGGAUAGCAUAGACGGCGUGCACAUGCUUUUCCCUGCAAUCGCCAACGUUGGGAAGACUCCAAACGCAAAGAAACUCAGACUUCUCGUUCACCCCCUUCUGCCUUCACUGAUGUUAUCUUUACCUCUACUAUUCCUUUCUCUACUACCCGCCUGUGUUGUCUUCUUUCUCACCCGGAUUGUCACGCGCCAAUCACACAUGGCAGCACGGACCACUGCCGAUUUGUUGCUGACACCGGGCGCAGUAUUGAAUUGCAUUAAGAUGGCCCGCGAAGAGUUCCGCGAUGUGGGUGAGAUCAAACCCGACACCGUAAAAGCCAUACAGACUUUCACCCGCCGCAGCGACCCUGGUGUUAUCAGAACCUACUGGGGAGAGACCGACGGAUGGGCACCGACGUGGCUGCGCGAUGAAGUAUCCGAGCAGCUUGGACUACAAGAGGAGAGACUACCUCCAACGAUCGGCAAGCGACUCAGCCGAGCACGCAGUUUCAGUGUCAGCCAAGCGCAUAAAGUUCUCUCCUCCGCUGCAUCUUCCGCCGGUUCGGUCUUGACGACAAGGUCAAACAAGACAUCGAGCGAUCCCAGCAUACAGCGACAGCAGCAAGCACAACAUCUCCCAUCAGCCUCGCCGCGCAAGCGCACCAGACCGUUCCACAUGCGCACCGCCUCCGCCUCACGUUCGAUAGACGGUUCCAUCAUCAUCCAGCCGCCUGCAAACUUCACCGAUGACGACGAGACGGAGAACGAGGCACUGGCGCUUGUGCUCGAUGGCGAUACAGGCGGUGAUGGCGGCUCCAUAAUGUUGACCAAGGCCAGCGAGACCGGGGCGUUGGCGAGAGGGGCUAAGGAUGCCAAGGGAGUGUUGACCAACACAAUUUGCGAAAUGGGCAUUCCGCAUGCCUUCUGUCUCAAUCACGGCGUUGAGAUGGCUCGCAUCACGGCCCAUUGGAUCAAGUCUGAUCAUCUUUGAAUUGUUGGCACAAGAAAGUGGUUUGUACAAAGCGAGUUAUUUUGUUCAUGAAUGAAGCGUAAUGCAUUUGUUUGGAAGGUAUUUGUUUAGAAGCCAUUUGGAGGCCUGGCCAGAACUGGAGAAAAGAUGGCAGGCAUCGCAAUGCAAUGCAAAU